AUGUCUUCCCGUCUCUCCAUCUCACACAUCUCGCAUCCACACCCUUUCCCUAAUCAGUACCAACCUACCGGCGGACCGCCUUCUCCCGACUCUGCUCAUUCUAACAACGGAUCAAUACUUGAGCCUAUGCCGGACCAGUCCGGUCUGUCUGGAGGUUACUUUAAUUCACAUCCCCACAUCAUCUCUGGAACAUACAAUCAGUCUAUAUCUAUGCCACAGCAGGGGAUGAAUGCUCGGUACGACUCUCCGCCACCUAUUCUUGCGCCUAUACAAGAUGAGCGGGUGAUUCGUGGUGAUCCACGAGUUUCGCACAUGCACCAUUCGUCUGUUCCGAAUCUUUCGUCGCCACAAUCAAACAUGUCCUCGUAUAUGAGCCAUUCUCACAUUCCCAACUCAUACCCCUACCACUCGCCUCAUCUAUCACUUGGACAAACAAACUGGAGAUCGGACGGUGGUUUGAGAGUGAAGAGCUCGACAAGCUUUGUAUGAUCGCAGGGCGUUUCUACCGCUUGGGCAACUCGGAGGUUGUGUCAUUGUGUAUUCUAUGGCUCGUCUAUGGGAUCAUUUACCCGUUUGCACAGCUGAUGCAUAAAUUGGAUAUACAUGUCUUUUUUUCGACACUUAUUAUCGUCCGUGCUUUCUUAUUCGCUCUCAUUCUGUCUUACUAUCAUGUUUCACUAUCCUCUUCCUGGCAUGGAAUGCUCCUGGUUUUCCUUGUAUUUUGUAUCCUGGCACCCCCCAUCUGUCCACGGACAUUGACGCUAUGGGGGGUCUGCUGUGUUUUCGAUAUUCCCUUGCAUACAAUAUCAAUUUUAGUCAUGCUACCUGCACAUUAUUGUACUUCUGAUGUCCAUACAGCAAUUUAGAAACCUGUUUUUUUUUU